AUGUCUCCGGCGGGGUUUGAUUCUCUGCAAACAGAGCACCUCAGUGGCGGUGACCUCAGUUUAUGGGACGAGAUGGAAAGGAAGCAGCUCUUGGGGCCCACGGCCAGGAAGUGUUUCCAAUGCUUUAGCUUUGGGCUUGCAGGCUGGCUGUGGGCCCUCGUGACAUGUGUUUUUUGCAUCUACGGCGCUGUACUUCCCAAUGCGGGCCUCGUCGACAUCUAUGGAGAGAAGGCCACCCGCAUGGUAUCCCUGAUGCUGGGCUUGUCGACCUUGUGUUCCAUGAAGGCAACAAGGGCAGCUGCAAUCCUUUUGGAAAGCGAUGAAUUUGGACAGCUGUUGACCAACUACGAGACACGCACAGCUGUAGAAGACAGCCGCGAGCGCGAAGAAAUCAUAAAUUGCUUGAUUUUCGACCUCGUGACUGGUAUCUUACUUUGCCCCUCGUUCGGAUCAGACAAGAGUUACUUCGCGGGAUGGCUUGCAUUGCUCGGUUGGAUGACGGUUUACUCACGUGGCUACAAACAUGUCCUGCGGCAGGUCAACAGAUUGAGCAGGUGCCUGGUGCAGAGGUUCAUGGACGACAUGCAUGCUGGUCCGCGGGAGUGGAAGGGCACCGGAAAGUUCUGGCAGGAUACGACGAAGAAACACUACGAUAUGGACCUCAAAAUUGAGAGGGCCUGGACUCUUGCCAGCUGGGUGUUUGCACCCGAUGUGGCUUCCUUGGCGCUUUUUGCGAUGAUGGCUUGGGUGGCUUGCCUGUCAGCAGCUGUCAACAGCACGAAUUGUGUUCUGGCUCUUGCGAGUUUGCUUGGUGUACUUCCGCCACUUUAUAGCUUUGGAAGAAAAUUGCAGGACAUUGCCAACAUCACGAACAUGUGCAUGUCAACAGCGUCUACGAGCAAAGGCGGCAGCAUCAUGUCGCUUGCGAUAGCACAGUCCGGCCACAGCCCAUAUAGCCAGGGUGAAAUCCAGAAAGGGGGCUACGACAGCGUUGAUGAUGAACGCACAGAUCACACCCGCUUUCUAGCUUAUUUGAAGAUAAACAAAUGUGGAGUGGAGAUGUUUGGUGUUCUGAUUGAUUCGGGGCUCAUCCUGGGUGUUCUGGCCAAUGUUGCCACUGCAUUCCUUGCACUACUCUCUUACCUGUUGGCCACACUUGACAUCCAUGAAGAUGAUAUGAUGCGGACUCUUAGAGUCUUAUCAUGCCUGCCGGCGGCUCCUUCAGCAGAUGGAAGCAAGUUUUACUCCACGUACCCCUCAAACAUGCAAGUGCCGUGGCUCGAACACUGGCCAGACGCUGACAUUUUCGCCUACCUUUGCGAGCGACCCCCUGAUGGCAGUGACCUUGUAUACGUGACUGAAGGUAUCUUGCGGCUCUCUAAGCGCAAGGAGGAGGAUGCCCCCGACCACGAGAAGGCUGCAGAUCCAGACCGAUCUCAGUGCGGCAACAGCGCCAAGGCUGCAGAGACAGACGCCGGCUUUGUCCCACAUCACAGCUACCGGCGCAAGGAUAUCGAGAUGCUUCCUGCCGCAGGGGAGCUGACGACCGCUCGCUUGAAGAUGUUUGCCGCCGCUUAUCGCUUUCGUGCUGGGUCAAAGAUGGUCCUGGUCAUCGCUCCGGAU